AUGUCUUGCUCGUCUCCCUCAUGCGUCUGCUCUUCUGUCUCCUGCCGGGUUAUCUUUGGCCUCGCGCACAAUAGGUACUCGUGGGCAUCUGCCGUCUGGGAACUCUCCCAGUGGACGACCUACCCUCCAACCAACCAGCUUCGGCAAACACCUCGGGAGACCAUUCUCUUCUACGACAACCUGUUCCCUUUGAAGCUGAGCUAUGGGUGGAUGAGCUACCUGGUGGGUCGCCCGUGGGGAGCAGACCAAGACCUGUCGAACCUUCUCCAGAGGUUCAACAAGUCCUCGCUGGGCAUCGCCGACCCCAUCAACUUGGUGAAACGCGGCAUCCCAAAAGAUGAUACUCUGAAAGUCACAGAAAUCAUACCUCGACUGAAGGAUGGCGGAGCGUUCGUCAAAUUCAGCCACCCACCAGAAAUGACUCCGGAACAGGUGGAAGAAAAGCUGUCCAAGUACUUGCAGGAGAAGUCCAUAAAGCCUUGGUUCAACCCCUUCCGAGGACUCCAGUUCAUAGCAAAAGAACCAGGCGCCGAGGCCGUGGAGCUCUCUCAGGAGACCGUCUUCAGUCUCUUUCGCAGAUUUGGAAAGAUCGCCGACAUCCAGGCACGGCCAUCAGACUCCAAGGUGGUCCCAAGAUACGCCUACCUCGAUAACAGCUUCGUGAGAGAUGCAAUCAUGGCGAAGAACUGCCUCCAUGGAAUUGUGGUUCCGGAAGAGCUCGGUGGAGGUAAAGCCGGUACGAAGCUUCGGCUCUCAUAUGAGCGGUUUACCAAAAACCACCGCUUCUGGGACUGGCUCAGCAACCACCCUCGAAUUGUUAUCCCAAUCGUUGCGGGUCUGCUUGCAGCGAUCACCGUCGUCAUUUUCGACCCGAUCCGCGAAUUCUUCAUCAAGGCCCAUAUCCAGAAGUCUUUCAGUCUUUCGGACAACACGAUUUUCCAGUGGUUCAAGCGCCACACCAACGAUAUCCUAGCAUUCAGGAAAAACAAGACGGAAGACGCUGGUCUGACAGCCCUAUUUACACACCGACGAGACGCCAUUGAGCAGAUCCAGAAAUGGUUGAUGGAGUCUGCAGACACUUUUAUUGUCGUUCAGGGCCCACGAGGCUCAGGCAAAGAGGAUCUGGUUAUGGACCAAGCGUUGGGUGGCCGGAAGGACGUCUUGGUGAUUGACUGCAAGCCAAUCAUUGCAGCCAGAGGGGAGAGCGGCACAAUCAAGAAGCUCGCCAGCGCUGUUGGGUACCGCCCAGUCUUCUCUUGGGCGAACCAAUUAAGCAGUCUCAUCGAUCUUGCCAUUCAGAGCACCACUGGUGUCAAACCUGGCUUUUCGGAAACGCUUGACUCGCAGCUCAACAAGAUCCUUCACAAUACGGCCGCUGCCCUGAAGGAGGUGUCUUUGUCAGGUCGUGACCACGACUUUGGAGACGCCGACUCGAGCGAUGAUGCUUUCCUUGAGGCACACCUGGAGAAGAGAGCAGUAGUAGUCAUCGACAACUUCCUUCUCAAGAAUGAGGAGACCAGCAUCAUGUAUGAUAAGCUCUCGGAGUGGGCAGCGGCACUCGUUCAGGCCAACAUCGCCCACGUAGUCUUCAUGACUAGCGACACUUCGUAUUCGAAACCGCUUUCCAAAUCACUGCCGGAUCGAGUAUUCCGUACCAUCUCGCUCGGUGACCUUUCACCCGAUGUCGCAAAGAAGUACGUCAUGAGCCACUUCGUCCAAACCAAACCAAAGGGUCGCGGCAGAGAGGAAGACGCGAAGGCGGAGGACUCUCCGCCGGAGCGCAAGCAGGGCUUUAGGGAACUGGAUGAGGUGAUCGAGGUUCUCGGCGGCCGCCUCACCGACUUGGAGUUCCUCGCCAGGCGCAUGAAGACAGGGCAGAGCCCACGGCAAGCCGUGCAGGAGAUCAUCGAGCAGAGCGCGUCAGAGAUCAUCAAACUGUACCUGCUUCCCAACAAGGGCGACAGGAAGUACUCAACGGAGCAGGCGUGGUUCCUGAUUAAGGAGAUCGCCAAGAAGGAGUCGCUGCGCUAUAACGAAGUCCUGCUCUCCAACACGUUUGCCUCGUCGACGAGCGCUGGCGUCGAGAACGGCGAGAUGGCCCUCGAGACCCUCGCCAACGCCGAGCUCAUUACCGUCAGGUCCCACCGUGGCCGCCCGCAGACAAUCCAGGCUGGUAAGCCAGUGUACCAGGCGGCCUUCGCCGCGCUGCUGCACGACCCAGUGCUGAAAGCCCGGCUGGACCUGGCUGUCCUGACCGAGUUGGCCAAGGUUGAGGGAAAGACCAUCGACAAGCCUCGCGAGACUACCGAGCGGAUCAACUAUCUGCUCAACAAACUGCAGACUUCGCAUAGUAAGAUUGCUGGGUUCCAGAAGGACAUGGCAGCUCUGAAAAAGGUCCUGGCUCAGGAAGCCUAA